GCACCUAUUGGUGGUGUUCUUAUAAUUUCUUCUUUCAAGUUCUUGGCACCUAUUGGUGAUGUUCUUGGAACUUCUUUUUUUAGAUCUUGGUAUAUCUGGAACAUAUUAUUUGUUCUAUUUUCAUGUGAAUAUAUUACUCUUGGUAUAUUCUGGAAAUGUAUUUAUUGUGCUGCAUUCUUGUAG